AUGCGUCGCAGAAUUACUUUCAUUCAACGCCCUGACGCCCCCUUUUCCCUAGAUCAAGCAGUCCUAACCCCCGACGCCCUCUCCAUCCAUGACCUAGACGGUGUGCGCGAAGAACGGGCAACGUUUAGCUUUGAUGAGCUUCCUGAUGAGCUCUGGGAGGUUCUGAAACAAUGCCAUCAGCUUCAUGUCCGAUGGGCGUCUGAAAAGCGGUAUGACGCUGUUGCACCGUUUUCGAGUCGGGUUUCGCCUGGGUUGCAUGUCCUUUUUACGCCCGUUGCUGGAUUGACCGAGGAAGAUAAGCUGACAUCGUUGUGUGCGCUGUUAAAGAGGGCGUUUGAUUAUGGGUUGAAAUGUAAAAGUCCUGAGGAAUCCUUCAUUACGCCUCCCAUUCUGUCCACGCGUUUCGCUUCAACCGCUGCUUUCCAAUACUACAGUUUACUUCCCUCGCUCGAUCAGCUAGUUACGUAUAUUGAGAACAAAAUCUGUUCGUCCGGUGACGAGGAAUGUGUCCGCCAUGCUACGUCUAUUCGAUCCGCGGACUCGGUCGAUAUUAAUUAUGAUAGUAUAUCGCAUUCCUUCACUAUUUCAGGGUACUGGUCACAAUCACCGGGCAAGGGGUGGACGGGCGAGAUACGGAAGCAUGCUGCGGGGACGGAUCAGGUCGAAGUUGGUCUUUUGGGGACUGAAAAGGCGACUGAGCCGGAGGAUAUUAAGAUGGGAGGUUUACUGGCAGUUGUCGGGAAGGACGAUCAGUUAAGUAUGCUUAACAGCGGAUUGCUGAAUGUGUUUGGUUUUGCGCACGGAUAUAGUACUGAUAAUCUAUGGGCAGAGCCAUCGCUCUUCUCUUUCCCGUCCCGCCAUCAUCCCCUGCCGGAGGACGCAACGUAUUCGGUUUCUUUUAAUUCCCCCACGGGUUUGCAUCCUACCAUGACCAUCUCGAUGCCACCAUCAUCGCUUAAGCCACCGCCUGCUCCACCGGAUGCGACCUGCGCGCUUCACAGCUAUUUGACACUUCCGUCGUCGAUAUUUGGCGAUAAGUAUCAGCUUUCAACCACAGACCCACUAUUUCUGAACUCUCACAACUUGGUUGCUCUUCACGCAGUGGCCGGAGAGACGGACCUUGAGGCGCCGGACUGGUUUGUGCCACGCUGGGGAUCAAACUGGUUGCUCGAAUUGGCCACACCGGCUGAAAUUGAUCAAGUUCCAGAGGAGUGGAGUGUCACUAUCCCCCUCCAUCUGCGGUACCUGCCACCCUCUGAGUCGGGUUACCGCUCUGUGCCAGUCCCAUGGCCGGUAGUCUUUUGGGCGUGCACCGCUGAAGACGGUACCAAGAUGGGGGUGAAUCCAUUUGACCGAGUCAACCUCGGAUGGGAGGGCCUGUUUGGAAUUCGGACCUUGUUCUACCAGCUGCACCCUUCCUCUGAUCGGCUCGUUGAGGAGCUGGAAGUUCCUGUUCUCCGGUCGGACAAUAAAGGAUUUUUCCAAAGUAGAGGUAUCGAGUUGGGUACUGUGAUUGUAAUUGGCCUUGGCUUGCUGUGGGUAUUAUGGAAACUGGGUUUGGUAGCCCGCUCAUCUGGGACACGGUCACAGAAAAGGAGUAACAAGCAGGGGAAGGCUGAAUAA